AGCUUGUCCUUGAAGGAAUCCUGAUAACUGGACGUAGCUGCGUCAAGGACUGCCUUUCGCGAUCAAUACAGCACCCAGUUUCCUUGCAGGAACAUUACGCCAAUCCCGCUAGCGUCGUCUGCUCGUGUUGCAAACGUUGUUGCUGAGGGGGAACGGAUUCGUCACACUGAAAGCGACAUGUUCACCGACCUGAGACGUAGUAACGUGCGAGUGAUUGGCUUGUGUGUAUUCUAUGUCCUGUUCCUCAUCAUCGGAGCAGCGAUAUUUGCUGCAAUAGAGGGCCCUCGAGAAACCAGCUUGGUGAAGCAUCUUCAGACUGUCCGGAACACGUUUCGCGCUACCUAUCAACAUUGCAUGUCAGAUCAAGCUCUCGAGGCCUUCAUUGUUGAGGUCGUUGAGGGUGCUAAUAGGGGAGUUUCGGCCGCUCGUAAUGUGUCAAUGUCAGAACCCAACUGGAGCUUCGGCCAGUCAAUGUUCUUUGCUGGGACGGUGCUCACGACCAUAGGUUACGGUAGAGUGACUCCACUCUCUGACACCGGGAAGGCAUUCUGUAUCGUGUACGCUGUGAUAGGCAUCCCACUGACACUGAUUCUGUUCACGGCUGUGGUAGAGCGGCUUAUGCUUCCCACGAAGAUGUUCCUGUACUUCCUGUACCGGCAGCUGGGCCACAUCUACAAGGUCUUCCACAUCCAACUCCUCCAUCUCCUCAUCGUCUUCUCCUUUAUCUUCACUUUUUUCUUCCUCGUCCCCGCUGGUAUUUACACAGCACUUGAACCCGACUGGAACUACUUGGACGCCUUCUACUACUGCUUUAUCUCCCUCACUACCGUCGGCCUGGGUGACUACAUCCCUGGGGAUAACUGGGAACAACAUUACAGGGCUCUGUACAAAGUUGCAACGACAGGUUACCUUCUCCUGGGACUCAUAAUGAUGAUGCUGCUACUUGCAGUCGUCUACGACAUCCCUGAACUCAAUAUAGGCUUUCAUUUUUACUUGAAGAGUGAUGGCAUUGAAUCUGAGCGUGUUAGUCUGAAAUCAUCAAAUGAAUCAAAAGGUCCUAAAUACACCAAACAUGUUGACGAACCAGAGCCCACACAGAGUUACCAGGGACAAACAAUUCCCGCUGAGGGGGAGUAGAUGGAACCAGAUUAUACCCUGAGUUGGUCAGCGACAGAUGCAGCAAGAAGCACAUCUCACGUGCCUACAACAGCACUUGAUUGUAAUACUAAAAACAUGUUCACCAUUGAAAGAGAUGAUUCUACAUUGUGUGUGGAAUAGAAUCAUUCAACACAUCAAUGAAUACAAGACAAAAUAGGUUUCUGUCAUCGUAUAGUGUGUUUAUUAAAACAAGUGGAAUGGUUAUAUUGUCCGUUUCAGUAUAACCAUCACGUCAGUGAAUCUCAGUAUUGAAAUUGUAGUGAAAGUGGCAUGAGUAGACUGUCUGGCCUUUUGUUCCUACAUUAGUCUGUGUAUACUUGAAUAUCUGUGAUAUGAUACAAUAUAUGCUUACACCAACGGUGUCCAUUCUUCCUGUUAACCUUAAAAUAUGUUCUUUUUUUGUAUGAGUAGUACAUGUAGAUGUGUUUCCUAAACUGAUAUCGAAAUAAUUCAGUAAUCAUGCUUGGUCUCUAUAAACUUUACACCAUCAGUCCAUUUUCCGUAGAUUGUUCUGAAUGUUCUAGGGCAGUGACAACACUAGAAACGCCUGUAAACAUAGUUGGUCCAUAUGCUGACCAACAACCUUGUCACCUGGCUGUAGCUAGCCCUUAGCUUCAGACCACCUGCCCACCCAUAGAUGUCGGAUCGAGGCGUGUAACAUAGAUGAAGACCGAGGUGUGUAACGAAGAUAACAGACCGAGGCUUGUAACAUGGAUGACAUAUAGACAGUGGCUUGUAAGGUGAAUGACAGACCGAGGCUUGUAACAUGGAACACAUAGACCAAGGCUUGUAACAUGGAACACAUAGACCAAGGCUUGUAACUUGGAACACAUAGACCAAGGCUUUUAACAUGGAACACAUAGACCAAGGCUUGUAACAUGGAACACAUAGACCAAGGCUUUUAACAUGGAACACAUAGACCAAGGCUUGUAACAUGGAACACAUAGACCAAGGCUUGAAACAUGGAACACAUAGACCAAGGUUUGUAACGUGGAAGACAGACCGAGGCUUGUAACAUGGAACACAUAGACCAAGGCUUGUAACGUGGAAGACAGACCGAGGCUUUUAACAUGGAACACAUAGACCAAGGCUUGUAACAUGGAACACAUAGACCAAGGCUUGUAACAUGUACGACAGACCGAGGCUUGUAACAUUUCUUGAAGCAUGUUUGAGUAAUAACUUAGUUUAUCUCGCCUCCUAAGCAACACCGAGAUUCUCUUCGAUGUUAACUAAUGCGUGCUUCACAUCUUGUUGGCAAAUGCUGAUCACAUGACGAAGGAUGUUCCAGAUUUGUUUAACACAACACUCUGUGUGACUUCCAAGUCAGUGUUUUGCAAAUAUUGACUACACUUUCAGCUAUCGUUGUAAUGUCUUGAACACGGUCUGUGUGUGGAUGACGGUGUAAUCAUGCGUGUUCUGCCAUCGCAUCAACUGGUCAAGGAAGUGCUAUUGUUUUUUUCUAUCUGUCCAUUGUUGUCAAAAACUGUAUAUAUACUUAGUAUGCUCACAUCUAGACGGUGAAGGAGUACGAGUCCGGUAUUCCGACUCUCUGUGUAGGGACGUCCACGAGCGGGAUAAUGCUGCUCGUUGGAAACGCCCUGGGGUUGAGCAGGAACUCCGCUCACCUCAUGUAUGUCUUGUGUAUUUGUUUGUCAUGUAACUAAAUUAUGAGCUAAUUCCCUAGUAGACGUAUAUACCAGGCGUUGACAAUACCUUAACCAGGACAGCCGUAUCGCUAAUUCUAUUAUGUACAACGAUACCAGAUAAGCAAAACAUAAACACUAAGACGUGUACGCUACUUGACGUUCUUCUCAGCAUGUCUGUGUGUAUGUGUGUGUGAGUGAAACAUGUAAUAGUGAUGUAACAUUGUGGUCUGUUGAUGAUAUGGAUGCUUCUGUUGUCAUUAAGUCGUCAAAUACCGGACAAAUUAACGUUGCUUGUUCGUGCACAAUGAAUAUAUUACUUGUACGCUGUUUAAUUUAAUAAACUCGAUGAAUCGUUA